GCCUUGCUUCUGCAAGACAUCAGACUAUGAGCAGGAAGGUCUGCUCAGUGCAAAAGUGACUUCUUUAAUGUGCAUUAUUAGCUGUUAGCUGGUUGUAAAUGCCCGUCCAGGUUUCCAUGCCCUGCUCCAAAAGUGGCAGUCAGAGCAGUCAGUGCUCUCUCAGUUGGAUUUUCAGUUUCCACUCCUGAUAUUGAUUGUCUGGAAAGCACAUUUGGAUCCAAGACACUGAACAAAUCAAGAGCCUCUUCUCCUGUCUCAGAGCACUACAGACAGCUUAGUGUCAUAUGGCCUCAUAUAUCCACAUUAAAUGAAAAAAGAAUCUUCCUAGCUUUCCAUGAAGAUCAGCUAUUGUCUGUUAAUUCUGACUGUUAGUGCUGAUCUCUCAGUUGGAUUUACACUGGAAAAUGUAGCUUUUAACAGAACAGUUGCUUUGGGGUCUUUCAAUGCAUCACUUCCCUUAGUGUCUGCAGCUUUAGUAAGUUCUCCAGCACACCAUGAUAUCAUAGCCAAAGAGGGGACUAGUAUUUUAAUUGAAUGUAAACUGAACAUCAGCCAGUAUGAAUAUAUUCUCUGGUAUAACUCCAAGGGACACCUGCUUGAACAGGAAGAUGAAGGCAGACGGUGGAGGAUUGCUGAUCAUUCCCUUAACAUCACAAAGGUCAACUUUGCUGACCGGGGGCGAUACACCUGUGUGGCUGUGCAUCAGAAUGCCACCUCCCAUUACACUGUCACCCUCAGGGUGGUCUUCACCUCAGGAGACAUGAGCAUCUACUACAUGAUCGUGUGCCUCGUGGCCUUUGCCAUCACACUCAUUUUAAACAUCACCCGCCUGUGCAUGAUGAGCAGUCACCUCCGCAAAACGGAGAAGGCAAUCAAUGAGUUCUUCAGGACAGAAGGGGCUGAGAAGCUUCAGAAGGCUUUUGAGAUAGCCAAGCGGAUCCCUAUCAUCACAUCUGCCAAAACACUGGAGUUGGCCAAAGUCACUCAGUUUAAGACCAUGGAGUUCGCUCGCUACAUUGAAGAGCUUGCCAGGAGCAUUCCCCUUCCCCCGCUGAUCCUUAACUGCAGGGCAUUCAUGGAGGAAAUCUUCGAGGCCGUGAGGGUCGAGGAUCCUGAUGAGGUUGGCGAGGAGGGAAAACAACCCCAGGGCUGUGGUACCCAGGCUGCAAUUUACCCCAGCAACCCCGAAAUCAAGCGCAGCAAUUCACCUGCCGGGGAUUCAGACGAUGGAUCCAUGAACGAGCAAGGUCAAGAGAUAGCUGUCCAGGUGUCCAUUCACCCACAGUCAGAAGUGCAGAGCAUUGACACUGUUUCCCACGACAGCUGCCAGUUUGCACCUUCUGAGGAAGGCACCUGCUGAGUCCAGUAAGAUGCUGGUGUGAAGGAAGCACAGGUGACCCUUGGGUACUGUGAGAAAGGGUCUGCAAACAAGCUGCCUCAGUCCCAUAAGCACAAGUGUUUUCUAAAAUUGCAAGGUGCCAAAACUCCUGCUGAAGCAUGUAUUUUCUGUCAGUGUUGAUUUAAAGAUUGCAAGUCUGUGAGAGAAAACCAUCUGGAAUAUUGUACAGUGGCUUUUCUUUUUUAAAAAAAGCUUUCUAUAUUUAAAGUAUCUACAAAAUAGGAAUUCUUUGUCCUUGGCUCCUUGGGAGUUUCUGAUACUUCUGGUCUCUUACUAGGAGUGGCCAACUGAGUAGUACAACUUGCAAUAAAAUCUUUUCCUUUGUGAACUUUCUUGCAUCACAAGGUGAAGAUUGGAAUUCUUUUGAGUCAGUGUUGUCCUGAUUAAUUGUGUUCUCUUUGAAUUGCCCCUCGGGGUGUGUAGCCCAUCAGAACCAUGGUGAGCUUGAGCAAGUCUGUUCUGAUCUGUUUUGUGUUGUGUGCUCUAUUGUUAUCAAAACGUACUGUACUUUGGAAAAGGACCCACUGCUGGAUUAAACAGUGUAGUUUCAGAGCAGCUUAGAGAACAACCAGGGAAUCUUAAUUUUUCAUACUUUUGCAGAAAACCUCUGUGUGAUACAAAGCUUGUUGCUUAAACUUGGUGCUGAUUGCCAAAGCGCCUUACCCUGCUUCUGUCUUGCAGAAGGGAGCAGUAAAAUCACUGCCAGAAUUCUUUUUUUUUUUGUUGUUGUCUUUGCUGAUUUCACUCACUCUGGAAAAUCCAAAGUUUUAUAUUGUAUUUGACAUUGUGAGAAAAGAAUAUCAGUAAUUGCAUAAUGGCACAAUUUAAAAAUUAACUCAAAUCUACAGAUCAGGUGUCUCAAGAACUUCUUUCUGAACAACACAAGAAAGGGGAAGUGAAAAGUAGUGACACUCAUUGUGCUUUGGCUACUACCUUCAGAAAGCAGUGGAAGAGAGGGUGAUUAGCAGAGGAUCUGGCUGCACAUUUUGCCAGACACUGUUUAUAGGAGUGGAGUAAUUCACUGAACAUGUCCCAUCUCAUCUUCUGAAGAGAGAUGGCAGAAGGGAGAUGUGGAGGUGCUUGCAGAGGUAAACAUGUAGGUUUUUCACCAGGGAUCUCUUGCAUGGCUUCCUCAGCUGUAGACAUCCAGCCUGGAGGAAUCAAUGCAGACAAGAAUCUAAUUUCUUCCUUCACCCUUUGGUGCAGAUUUUUUUUUUUUCUCCUUACAAUUUGUAAGUUGUAUCACUUAAAUAGCAUUUUAUAUCCUGUUGAGAUUUAGUAGAUGUAAGGCUUGUAAGCACUCCACAAAUUAAUUUCUUACAACUACUGGAAGCAUAUUGCCAUAUAAUUUUAACAACUUGGCAACAUGAGCACGAUUUAAUUUCCCACAACUCUUUUUUCUUUCCUUAUUAUUACAGAAAUGUCAGUUGAACAAGUGAUUCUGGAUGGUUGCUCAGGAUUCAUAAGAGGAUUUGACAUUACAUUUACAUGAGUAGAGUUGGAAAACAAGUAGGCACAGUGGUAAAACCAGGGUUGGGCUGUCGUAAUGUGUGCUCAUAACAAAGGGUCUGAACAAAUCAUAUUUAUCAUAUGGUAUCUGAGAAUGGGAAACUGAAGCAUCUAUUACCAUUUUAAACUGCCUCUUGGAAAAAGUUGUGCAGUCAGCCACCAGUAAAUGCAGCCUAGCUGGUUUUAACAUGCUGGAUGAGAGCAGUUUGUCCUGUUUUGUCAGGAAGGAGGAAACUUGCUAGUCUUAGUUCUAGCACCACUCUCACCAGCUUGGUACCACAUCCAAACCUUUUGCAAACUUUUGCUUCAGGGGAAUAAUCCUAUGUAGACACUUUAACUCUUUACUGCCCUCAACUUACAUAAUUUGAAGCAUUUUAUAUCCAGGGGACAAGUUUAUAUAUUUUUGUGUGUACUAUCUGGUUUCUUUUCAGUUUUUUGAGGUGAUCAGUGUUAAAGGAUACUCCUGUGGUAAAUGCCAGGUUCUCUUAGAAGCCCUGCCAAGAUGCUUCUGGCUUCACUUCUGUAUUACAAGUUCUACAGGUUUGUUGUGCAUGCAUGAGUGGAGCUUUUGGGGGGGGGUCUGUGCCCUUUUUGGAUGUCCUAAAUGAAAGUCACAAGAAAGAAUGAGCUGGUUUAGUCUCCUUUGUGCCACAGGCCAUCAGUAUUAUACCUGCACCUGCCUUUUUUGACCCAUGAACAGCUCUCCUGCUUCUGUGAAGCUGCUGCAUUGCAUGCAUCAGUAACAUCUUCACCAUUUUACCUCAAACUUUAUCUGCAGUGUAGAGAUGCAGCUCCAAAAUUGAAGCACCAUCUAAUUGCUUCUUAAGAAGCAUUGUGCAGGUGUCUCAUCAGAAAUGGCAGCUAACAGGCAGCAGGAUGACACUAGACGUAUGUCAGAUGGGUGUCAGGAGAGCAGUUUUCAAUGUGUUCUGUGAUUUUUAUGCUUUAUAUUUACAUAGCUCUGUGUCCUUAUUAAGUGCAGUUACUUGGUAAUUUCGUGGGUCCUGUUGCUGGUGGAGAAGAAGGACUGAUGGUGCAGGAAGGUCCUCAUCAAUGCAGUUACAGUGUCAAUAUCCAGAGAUUGUAAAACUGAAAGUUUUCAUGAAUUAUUACAGUGUUUUGCUCACUAAAUCAAUUUCACUCCUGGGAAAGAGGCUCUUUUCUAAGGAUUUCAGUAAAUCAAGACUGCUUAUUAAAUAUAAAACUGAUCCUACUCCCACUGAAUCCAAAUAGAGAAGAUUUGAAGCUCUGGUGUAUUUUACAAAGAUAUUACUGGAUUGCUGUGCAUCUGAAAGUAAGGAUGAUGGUGAUGUUAUACUAUAAAUGUGAUUUCCAGAAAAUGAAACGUGUGAACUGUUUGUGUUAUCAGGAGUAGAUUUGUGCACUUAAUUUUUUUUAUAUAUCUAAUUGAACAUUAACAUUGAAAGAUGAUGUAAAUAAACAUCAGUAUUUCUCAAUUUUUGUAGGACAAGGAGAGUCUGCAGUGAUUUCCUUGCUUCAGACUAAAUUUUUUUGACAAUCACAAGGGUAUUUUUCUCUUCUUUAUGACUAAUUUUUAUUUAAAAUAAUGUUAAACAUUCUGGUUAUUCAAGAGUACCUAAAACUAAAUUAGUUAUUUGUAUUACCUGGAUUGUAAUGUAAUGUAACUGUUUAGUGUAACCACAUAGGAUUUCAUACUUUCAUAAAAUGAACUGGUAGAUUUGCAAAAUA